AAAACUUUUUAAUCUGAGAUCUCUGUUCAUUGAGAAGAUAUUUCAACGCAUAUGAUGUGGUCCGGCCUGAUAUCGACGCUUCUUCUGCUUUUCUUCGCCAAUGCUUCUGCAUAUCAAACAUUCUUGAGGCAGAUAUUCGGUUCUGCCUUGAUGGGGGACCUCCUGUCCACUUUGCCGUCUCGGUUCCAGUGCGUUGGUGCAGGUAAAAAUUUCACACACUUUCUGCUCUUCUCCCGGAUCCACCCGGACAAGCCUCACCCACUGAGACCGGACGACCACGAACUCCUAGUCAAAUCCGACUACGAUCCGGCUUUUCCCACCAAGAUCAUCAUCCACGGAUUCGUUGACAACCUCCAACUGAGCGACUGGAUGCAGAGAAUGAAGACAAAAUUCCUGGCAACAGGCGAUUUCAACGUGAUCAUAGUGGAUUGGUCCUGCGGCAACGAGUUUCCGUAUUACCAGGCAGUGCAGAACUCUAAAAUUGUUGCUGACGAGCUGGGAAAACUUGUCAACUUCUUGCAGGCUGCGACAGGCGCGGAUGCCGGCGACUUCCACUUGAUCGGGCACAGUCUGGGCAGCCACAUCGCAGCUCUGGUGGGGCACGCGGUGCCGCAUCUGGGGAGGAUUUCCGCCCUGGAUCCUGCCGGCCCGCGGUUCUAUGAUGCUCCGCUGGAAGACCGGCUGGACCCGAGCGACGCCCAGUUCGUCGACGCUAUUCACACCGAUUCCGGACACGGUCUGAUGGAAGGUUUAGGGAUGCGCUCGCAGGUGGGUCACGUGGACUUCUAUCCGAAUGGAGGCAGCGACCAGCCCGGCUGCCACAGCUCACCUUUCACCAUCCUGCCCAGGAUAGGAAUACAUAGAGCCGCACGUUACUACGUCACGUGUGACCACUUCCGGUCGAUAGAAUACUACAUCGACAGCAUUCGACCUCCAAUUCAGCCGAGGAUGGGAGAACCUGCCUGCCAGAUGGUGGGGGUCGCCUGCAGGGAUUGGGAAACAUACGCCCAGGGAAGGUGCGCCGACUGCUCCCACCCUGGAGACUGCGCAGCGAUGGGCUACCUGAGCCACCUGAACAUGGAGACGGGACCGCAAGCCACCAAACACGAGUACUACGUGAAGACGGCAGAGGAGGAACCCUUCUGUUUGUUUCAAUACCAAGUUCUCGUUGAGACAGGCUGUGGACACGACUUCUGUGGCGAUGUGACCGAUACCACAUCCGGUUUCAAUCCGGGAGUGAUACGAGUUGAGCUCCAAACUAGAGCUGGAAAAUUGGCGAGGCUGAAUUUAGAUGACUACGCUGACACGGAACUAAAACCGAGUGCUCAAUAUGUGUAUUUGGCGACAAGUCGUUUCCCUCUUGGCGAAGUGAGAGGCGCCAAAGUGUGGUGGGGAUAUUCGUCGAAACCAGAAAUGGCAGCAGAACUUCGGGCGAGCACUUCUGGCCUAAGCCUGAAGAAAAUACAAGUCAUCCCCAUCGAUUUACCUGAAAAAAUAAAAAGAUUUUCCAUACCUGAAGUGACUGUGUUAUGUGGAUCUCCGGAGAAAGUCAUCGACAAAAAUCAAUACUUGGAACUGACCAUCAACAACUGCUGAGAACUUUUCAAAAUCCACACAUUCUUGUUUUAAUGUGCUGUGUCUACAACCAAAGAUCUUAUUUCGAGUUUUAAACAUUUCUUUGAUGCAUAUGAGCUUUGUAAAUACCUUUUGUAAUUUAUUGAUAUGAUGCAGAACUGCCACUUCGAUCCGGCAGUGCAUGUAAAUAUUACUAGUAUAAGAAUAAAUAUUUUAUUCAUGCUCGUC